CCUUUACAGUUUUAGAGGCAAGCAAGCGCUUGUUUCCUAUAUUAUACGCACUCCUUGUAUAGACUAGAUAGUAUCAGUUGCUUGAAAUCAAUCCAACCAUGAAGAGAUUCCUUGCAUCAUUGCUUUUGGCAUCAGCCGUCAGAUCUGACAAUCUUGGUCAUCAGCACCAUGCCCCCGCUCCCUAUGCUCCCGCUCCCUAUGCUCCCGCUCCCUAUGCUCCCGCUCCCUAUGCUCCUGCUCCCUACGCUGCCCCAGCUCCAUAUACUCCUGCCCCUAAACCUUAUGCUGCCCCUAAACCCUACCACCCUGAGCCCUACCAUGAAGAACCACCAAAGGAUUACCAAUUUGGAUAUGACGUGAAUGGAUAUGAUGAAUACGGAAACCCUAAUGUCCAUGGUAGAACAGAGGAAAGGAUUGGAAAUCAAGUCAAGGGUCAAUAUAGGGUUGAGCUUCCUGACUGUACUACACAGAUUGUGGAUUACUAUGUUGACGAGUACCAUCAAUAUCAUGCUGAUGUUAAAUACGACGGUGUUCCUUGCCCCGACAAAUCUCUUGCCAAACAUGCCGCACCUUACAAACAGGCCCCUGCACCUGCCUACGCCCCUGCAAAAGCCUACGCUCCUGAACCAGCUUAUGCCUCUGCACCUGCAUACGCCCCUGCGCCAGCAUACGCCCCUGCACCAGCAUACGCUCCUGCACCAGCAUACGCUCCUGCUCCUGCUCCUUAUCAUGCUUAAUGUCCAUUAAUGUAUUUGUUUUAUUUAUAAAUAUUUAUGAACCUCA